UUGGGGGUGUAUGUGAGAGCAGUAUCCAAACCUCUUUUCCCACACACCUCAUCCACACACUGCUAAAUGAGAGAGUGAAAGGGGGGGGGGGCACAAUAGAAGUGUGCCUUCCCAGAAGACACUGCUUUAUUCAGUUUGAUUGACAGCUACCUUCUGAAGCUAUUUUCCCUCCAAAUCUGCCCCUCCCCUCGCUCUCAUAAUGCAAAUAUUUACACUCAAUUUACACCGCAGCACAUGACUUUAACAUGGUUCUAAGAGACCUAAUGAGAGGAACCAGUGAGCCUCAUAAUGAUGAAAAGAUUGAGUGUAAAACGGAAUCAUGUGCAAUCUGAUUAUUUUCUUCACGUUGUUAAAGCAGUGCGGCACUUUGUGUGUGUGUGUGUGCGUCAUGUUUAUUGAUCCCGAUCAGAGCAGCUGUCUGUGCCGCUUCACAUCUGCAGCAGCCUGGUGUCAUGAGGCAGCAGGAAGGUUCCCAGUGUGGCCUCGCCCACUGGCCUCGGAGUGUGGGAAAGCUCAUCCAGCCUGGGACUCAUGGCUUUGUGAUGCUAAUGUGGCCUAUAAAUAGAGGAGCGGGCUCCUCGGCCACAUCACAGCUCGUGCUGCUCUCCACCACCACCAUGGCUCCAACAAGCGCCACAGACUCUCCUCCCUCGCAGCUCUCCACCAAACACUCACACAAACUCAGGAAACCAGUGGUGGAGAAGAUGCGCAGAGAUCGCAUCAACAUCUGCAUCGAGCAGCUCAAGGUCCUGCUGGAGGAGGAGUUCCACAGACAGGAUCCCAACGCCAAGAUGGAGAAGGCCGACGUCCUGGAGAUGACGGUGGCGUUCCUGAGGCAGCAGCUGCAGCCGCACGCGGCGCACGGCCACGGGUACUCCCGCUGCUGGAAGGAGACGCUGCACUUCCUGUCCCACACCUCCCUGAAGGAGGCCGCACUCCCAAACCUCCAGCACCUCCAGCACCUCUACAGAGCCGACCGGGACGCUGCCCCCACGCCGGCCCCAUCCUCCCACAGACUUAUCCAGGCUGCAGGGAAGACACUGUCCAGCCCCCACAGAGACGUGUGGAGGCCCUGGUAGGAGCUGCUCAUUGGGAGGGUGGAAGACAUGAUGGACAUGUUGUACAUGAUGGACAUGUAGAUUCUUGUUUGUGUAGCUUCUCUCCGGAGCUUGUGUACGUUCAAAUUAAAAGUCUGACUCCCGUGGAGUCAACGUUUUUAAAAAUAUUUCUGACACAGAGAAACUGUAAAGCAUUGUGUGCUGUGGGGGUUUCAAUAAACUCAGUUUAUUUAAACCUU